CCGACGACUGAAGACUACCAUUGACCAAAACAUACAGUUGUACUACUACAAUCACACCCAUUGGCAUGUAGUGACCGUUUCUGGUACUUCUGGCUGGAUUCCCUAUUUCUUCGUGUGGAUGGCUGCGUCACAUACUUACCGCUGAAAGUAAUCUCGCGCGGGUGACUCGGACCGCCAGGGACGCAGCGGAUUCAACUGGUACGCCCCCCUGCCAUCCUGAACGCACCUGUUGUACGAUGGCUGGACCUACCCCCACCGCCCCUCAAAGCUUCGUGCAAAUCCUACAGACAUGCGAUAAUUUCCGCCUUGCCCUUACAGCGGAGCACCUAGUGGCAUGGCGCCUUUCAUCCGACCCGGGGGCUCCUGCAAUAGGCCUGCUACGACCGCCCGUCGUCGAGCAGCUUCUGCGCGAGAUCAAAAGUAAUCAGAGUAGCCCUGCAUGGGAGUGCUCUACCCACGAAGGCAAGCAAGUGUUCAGCUUUGCGUCCCAUGUCAACACAUCCGCCGCUCGGUCGCGCGUGAUGAAGGAGCUCUGCCAGCGCUGGCGAGACGAGGGCCUCUGGCCGGACGUAGUCGGUCCCAAGAAAUGGCGCGGCGAGAUGUACCCCAUCUACCGACACCCCUUUGGCCCACACGAUGCACCGAGCGAGGCCGAGGAAUUCGGGACACCUGUGGGCACGGACCGGGAGGACAGUCGGAAUUACGCAUUCAUGAUGGAGCGCGCGGCGUGCGCGCUGUUCGGCGUGGUCACGUAUGGGGUUCAUAUGACGGUCUAUGAAGAAGACCAGGACGACCUCGGCCUACCGACAGCCUGCAGGAUCUGGGUACCGACGCGCUCCAGGAGCAAGCAGACAUGGCCGGGGUGGUUGGACAACUCGGUUGCGGGCGGCAUCCCAUCGGGUCUUAGCGCGUUUGAGAGCCUGGUCAAGGAGUCGAUGGAAGAGGCCAGUAUCGAGGAGGCUAUCAUCCGGAAGCAUGCACGUACGAUCGGUAGCGUGAGCUACUUCUUCAAGUCACCUCUCGGAUGGCUCCAACCCGAAGUCGAAUAUGUCUAUGACCUACGGGUACCAUCUGGGGUUGAUCCUGCUCCUUUCCGACCUAAGCCACUCGAUGGCGAGGUAGAAGCAUUCGAGUUACUUCCUUUGGAGGAAGUCAUAGCCCGUAUGCGUGCGGGCCUUUUCAAACCUAACACCGCUCUUGCGAUCCUGGAUUUCAUGAUCCGUCACGGGUACAUGACGGUGGAGAAUGAGCCAGACUAUCAAGAGAUCGUGACAAGAUUGCAUGGUCGUUUCGAAUAUGACAGGUGGUAGAGGAUCGUGCAUCUAUACCCAAUGGUGACCUGAGAUGUCCAGGAAUACUGUGUAUGUUGUACCCCCAGCAAGCAAUGACCUAUGUCUCUCGUCGGCUGUUUUUAUCAGUGGCCCUGCAAUGCACGUACUGCAGAUGCCAUGCCGCCGGCAAUCAUACGUCUUUGACUCUUGUCGUCCGGGGGCUUUGUGAAGCAGCAGUCAGAACAAUAUGCCAGGUUCGCCCCGGUGCCACAGCCGC